AUGAAGUCAAUCCGACAUGUCCCUGAAACUACCAUAAAUGUGUUCAUCUCGAACAAUGAACUUUUGCUAUCCAACCGGAAGUACAGGAUCAGAUAUGUUAAUCGAAAAGGUGAUCUCGAGAAGUUCAAGGAGCGAGGACUCCUUGGCGCCAUGACCGUCACCGAAGGUCUUCUGAAGCGAGCCAGAGGUCGAUGGACUAUGGCGAAAGUCGCCGAAGAGGAGUGGGUGAGGGGAGGUAUUGAGAUCGAGAUCCAUGGAUCGAGACAAGCUUCGGGGCAUGCAGUCCACGUCUCCUCCUUUUCCCCAGACCUAACAACGAGACCCGACAGAUACCGCUUCUGCACCCUCCCAGGUUUACCUGACUGCGAUUGUCUAUAG